GCGAACAUAAUUGUAACUGGCCUUGUUGGUCUUAUAUCAGUGGACCUUAUGUACGCUUGGUACCGAAAUAGAUGUAAUGAGCGUCUUCUCAACGAAACAGUGGAAAAGGGCACUCGACCUGGAGCGGGAAUUUCAAGUGACAAGUUUGUUCCUCGACCUGAAAUUGUAGAACGCCUUAAAAUAAUUUUUCAACCCUAUGAAGAUCAAUCGUUUUAUAACAUGGUUUGCGGUGAACAUGAAACUGGGAAAACUAUACUGAUCAGGAUUGCAUCGAGUGAGGUUGGACACGGAGUCAUAUAUGUUGAUAUUCCUGCGAAUUUCAAUGAAUUAGGUGAAGCUUUCGGAAAAGCCAUUAAUUUUGCAUUUGAGGAAAGGAUUUCUUUUACGGAACAGCUGAUGGGAAAAAUAUUUGGUGAAAUUAAUGAUAAACCUAAGGUUUCUAAAUGGGAGAGAGCUAUAAAAGCCUUUAAGCGUGCUGGUGCAGUGUACAAAGCAAAGCACAAUAAACCGCCGGUUAUCGUUUACGAUAAUGUUAGCCGAUUGGCUCACAAAAAUCCGGAAAUCCUCGACAUCCUUCAAGAUGAUGCCAAGGAUAAUGCCGAUGACAGAAAAUAUAUCGCUGUAUUUGUCAGCAGUGAAGGUUCGGUGCCUAGAAGAAUGGAAUCACGUAGUGCCUGGUCACGAGCAGAUAAACCAGUAAUGGAAAUUGGCGAUCUCAGUGAAAAGGAAUCAAUAGAUUAUCUGAUAAACAAGCGCAAGAUCAACUCUGUAGAAGCAAAAAAAUUAUAUGAAUUGAUUUCUGAAGUUAUAUCCGAAAAUGAACGUUGGCUCGAACCAGAAGAUGCUUCGGAUUGA